GAAAUCGUGCUGGAGAAUUUAAAUGUUCGUUGGGAAGACGUCAUAGGCUUAGAAGAUUGUAAAACUGCAAUCAAGCAGGCAAUCGUGUAUCCUUUUAAGUAUCCUGUUUACUUCGCAGGGCCAUUCUCAGCCUGGAAAGGCAUCCUGCUGCAUGGGCCGCCUGGUACAGGAAAAACAUUGUUGGCGAAGGCAGUCGCAACCGAAUGCGACUGUACCUUCUUCAAUAUAACUGCCAGCUCGUUAGUCAGCAAAUGGCGGGGAGAUUCUGAGAAAUAUAUACGCGUUUUGUUCGAUCUCGCAUACAGUCAAUCUCCUACCAUUAUAUUUAUUGACGAGAUCGAUUGGAUAGCAACGAACACAAAUUACUCGCUAUCCGAACCAGCGAAAAGAUUUAGAUCCGAACUUCUUACUAGAUUGGACGGCUUAGUGUCUACUGAAAAUUCGCACGUCGUUCUUCUAGCAGCGACUAAUGCUCCUUGGGACAUUGACGCAGCCUUAUUGAGACGUCUUGAAAAACGUAUAUACGUACCAUUACCCAGUGAGUCUACUCGUCGGAAACUGUUUGACUUAUAUGUUAGCGAGGAAAUCCGCGAAAAUGAUGAAAUGGAUGGCAUAAUUAAGUCCACAGAGUCGUAUUCCUGCGCGGACAUAAAACUAAUUUGUAAACAAGCUUGGAUGUUAGAAUCAAAACCAGUAUGGGAAAAGCUUGACAAAAAAGAGAUAAAUAUAGAAAAUUUGAAAUAUGAGUUAAGAGAUUUUUACAUAUUAGAAGAAGUGGUCGAGGGUACAUCGAGGACCGUUGAUGAUAAUACCAAAACCAAAUAUGAUCAAUGGGCAGGAUAAUGUUUGCAGCCUAAACACAGAAUUACAGAA